AUGGCCUCCACCACGAACCUCUCGACCUACAAGUUCAACCUGGAAUACUACAAGUUCCUUGGUCUAAACGAGAUUCAAAAAUUGGACUUUCCCGAAGCCAAGUUCUCCCUCUACUUUCUCGCAUACAAUGGGCCCGACUCGCUCUCUGGUAAGAACGGCUUCACGGAUCGAAAUGCCGUUCUCGAGCUUACCCACAACUGGGGUACCGAGAGCGAUCCGAACUACAGCGUCGUGAACGGUAAUACCGAGCCCUAUCGUGGAUUCGGACACAUUGCCAUCUCCGUAGACAACAUUGAGGCUGCCUGCAAGCGCAUUGAGGACGCCGGGUACCCCUUCCAGAAGAAAUUGCAGGAUGGUCGUAUGAAGCACAUUGCAUUCGCCAAGGAUCCUGACGGAUACUGGGUGGAGAUCAUUCGGCGUCACGACGAGGACGUUGGAACAACGACCGAUGUCUCGACCUACCGAUUGAACCACACCAUGCUCCGAGUCAAAUCUGCCGAAACGAGUCUCAAGUUCUACCAGGAAGUUCUGGGCAUGAAAUUGCUUCGUACGUCAGAAAAUCCUGAUGCCAAAUUCAACCUUUACUUUUUGGGAUACCCUUCAUCAAACCCGCCCGUGCGCGAGGGCGCCAAAAACCCAGUUUCCGAAUGGGAAGGCCUCCUAGAGCUCACCUGGAACUACGGCACCGAGAAAGAAGAAGGCCCCGUCUACCACAACGGGAACGACCAGCCUCAGGGCUUUGGUCAUAUUUUGCUGAAACCGCUUGCUAACACGCUUGUUUCUCACCAUCUAGGCGUAUCUGUGGAUGAUCUGGAUGCUGCCUGUGCCCGCUUCGAAUCGCUCAAUGUCAAUUGGAAGAAGCGUCUUACCGACGGAAGGAUGAAGAACGUGGCUUUCGUCCUCGAUCCAGAUAACUACUGGGUUGAGAUUAUCCAAAAUCAGAAAUACACUGGCGUCCAGGAAUUUUAA